AUGUAUCAGAUUGUUCCAGUGGCUCCUGGGGAGCAGCACAUCUCAGGGGCAGCGGGUGGGUCCCCACUAAAGAAGAAACUGGCUCAUGAAGGUCGGCCCCUGGUCAUGGCGGGCAUGGUGGGCUGUGUGCUGGUCCUGGCUGCCGUGGUCGCCUGGUGCUACUACUCAGUGUCUCUACGGAAAGCACAGCUACUGAAGACCGAGCUGCUUGACCUCAACAAGGAUGGAUUCAUCAUUCGUAACCAGGGAGGGGCUGUCGUCUUCUCCAUGACUUUCAGGUCUGGCACUCUGGAUCUGGACUCUUGCACAAAGGAGGGAAGCAUUCUGAGUUGUACACAGUCAGAUUCUGGCAAGCUCAACUUCUUCAUCCAGACUGUUCGACCAAAGGACACAGUGAUGUGCUACCGCGUUCGCUGGGAAGAGCUGCAAAACAAGCACACAGUCGAACACGCCAUGGCCUAUAAUGACUCUCACUGGUACGGAGGGGCUGAGAUGGCGACGCCGCGUUGGCCCGUCAUGAUUCAAGGGGAAGAAGAACCACGGCCUUUCAUCACCAGUGACGUCUACUCCAAUCGAAAUGCCUUUGGGGGAAUCCUGGAGCGAUACUGGCUCUCGUCAAAUGCCACUGCAAUAAAGAUUAACGACUCGGUGCCUUUUCAUCUGGGCUGGUCAGAGAGCAGCAGGACACUGAGGUUCCAGGCCCGCUACCAGGACUCCCCCUUUAGACCACCAGAGGGGGAGCCGGCCUUUCCUGAGCUCAGCUACAGGGUCUGCGUGGGCUCCGAUGUUACCUCUAUUCACAAGUACAUGGUCCGUCGCUAUUUUCCAAAGCCUAUUAAAGUCCCGUCUCCUGAAGUGUUCAAGUAUCCAGUGUGGUCCACAUGGGCUCUCCACAAGACCGCUGUCACUCAGGAGAAGCUGCUGCGCUACGCCUCCGACAUCACCAAACAUGGCUUCACGUGCUCCCAUCUGGAGCUGGACGACCGCUACACAGCCGACUACGGAGAAUUUGACUUCGACCCGCAGAAGUUUCCCAACGCCAGCGGGAUGUUUGACAAGCUCAGAGAGGACGGCUUCCAUGUGACGCUGUGGACGCAUCCUUUCAUCAACUAUGACUCCAUCAACUUCGGCGUAGCUGUGGAGAAAGGACUGUUUGUCCGGGAACCGAGCGGCGAGCUGCCUGCUCUGGUCCGCUGGUGGAACGGCAUUGGCGGGAUCUUGGACUUCACCAACCCGGACGCCCGUGAGUGGUAUUCCUCAAAUCUGCGCUUGCUGAAAAAUCGCUAUGACGUUACCUCCUUCAAGUUCGACGCUGGAGAGACGAGCUACCUCCCCCGUCAGUUCAGCACUCUGGUGCCGCUGUCCGACCCGUCCACCUUCACCCGCCGCUACACCGAGAUGGCCAUUCCAUUCAGCGAGCGAGCCGAGCUGCGAGUGGGCUACCAGAGUCAGAACAUCUCCUGCUUCUUCAGGAUCAUAGACAGAGACUCGGUGUGGGGCUACGAUCUUGGCCUCAAGUCCAUCAUCCCCACGGUGCUGACCAUCAGUAUUCUCGGCUACCAGUUCGUCCUGCCGGAUAUGAUCGGGGGGAAUGCUUACCCCAACCGCACUACAGGUGAGGUAGAUGACAAGAGUGGGCUGCCAGACAGAGAGCUGUACAUCAGAUGGUUGGAGUUGUCUGCUUUCAUGCCCGCCAUGCAGUUCUCUAUCCCACCGUGGGCCUACGACGCCGAGGUGGUCCAGAUCGCGCGGAAGUUCACAGAGCUGCAUGAAACUCUAGUUGCCCCGAGGGUUCUCGAGCUGGCCGGCGAGGUUCUGGACACCGGAGACCCCAUCAUCAGGCCUCUCUGGUGGAUCGCCAAUGACGACGAGGUGGCUUAUAAGAUAGACUCCCAGUUCCUGAUUGGGGAUGACCUGAUGGUGGCUCCGGUGCUGGAGCCGGGAAAGCAGGAGAGGGACAUCUACCUGCCCGCAGGUCGAUGGAAAAGCUACAAGGGAGAACAUUUUGACAAAGGCCCCAUGUACCUCACUGACUACUCUGUGGACUUGGAUGAGGUAGCUUUCUUCACGUGGGUUCACUGAAGCCCUGAGAACACACAGACACACACACACAUACACACACUGCACAUGAGCACAGAUGCCAAGUGAUAGCAGAGGUUUUUAAAGGGAAAUAACUUGUGGGGGAUGUGCUUCCAAAGCAGUUUGAUUAGCCUGACGUCUCCUCUGAGCUGCUCUCGAUGUGGAAUUCUGCCUACAGAUUAUUUCCUUCCGCACUCUGAAUCAGAAAAAGCUACUGAUGUAUUUUCUUUCUCUCCUCAUUCUUAAGCUAAUCCUCAUCCUCAUGUGCCUUCCACAGCUAAUUGUAAACCGAUUUCAGAUUGUAUCGUCACUAGUCUUCCACCUACUGGCCAUCGGAUAUUUAAGAAUCUUAGUUCCACGAAGAGAAUAGCGUUGAUCUUGCGGCCAUAGUUUGACGUGUAUAUUUCUGUGUAAAUAGUUCAAGGGUGCCAUAAAGUGAAUGAGGCGUGUCUUUCUCCUGGACUGACAGGGUUGGACACUGAAUCUGGCAAUACGCACGCGCCUGUGCUCGAAGAGCUUGCCUAAUCUACCUGUGAUAACGCUGACCUGCAUUAACAUUGCACUGACAAAAACAUGAAGCUCAUGUUAGUCAACUGCUAUUUAUAUUUGUUAAAUGUUAUUUUUUAUUUAUAGAUAAUAUUUUAAUGGGUGUAAAUACGCGUGAUUGUGGGUUUAAACUUGGGGUACUCGUCCUAAUCAGUACACUACUACGACUUCAGGACUUUUUUUACCUGCAGUGCCAUUCUGUCAUUUUAGUGCCAAAAUCUUCGGCUCCUUCAUGCUUUUUUUUCACCUGGAUGAGUUAAAUUUGCAGCUCAGGGUCCUUUUGAGAAGAAACAUUUUGUGUUGGAUUUUUCUCUUUUUUGAUCCACCAAGUUUUAUUAUCCUACUGCCUUGUGAAACGCCUAAUAAUACUUAAGAUGCCAUAUUUUAAUGUGCCGUCCAUGUUUGCCUUGUGACUUUAUUUCCCUCAUUAGCUAAGCUAAGUAAGCUGGACAUGGAGGACCAGUAGGUAGAUAAAACACAUCUGCACACGGCAAGAAACUUACUCCUCUGCCACUUUGGAUUCUUUAGGUUUUGGCCUUACAAAGACCUUUUAGAAUGAGAUGACGCACCACAGCCUAAAUGUAUUCUUCUGCUACUUAAGGAUGCAUUAACUAUAAAGAGGCAGACAUACUUUUAGCUUUAGUUUUUAAGACAGAAGGCAACAGAGUUCUCACAACUGAUGACCAGCAAAAUGUUAUGUCUCUUGCUUCAUAUGGCUCCUGUGCUGUGUGAUUAGAGAAUGAACGAACUGCUGUGGUCGUACACAGUUUUUGUAAAAUAACAGUAAAUGUACAGUUUCAGUUACUAGCAGAUAAAUACAUUCAUACAUAGCACCUAAAAUGUUGGACUGCAUCUUUGAUGUGCCUUUUUAUUGCUGAUUCUUGAUGAAGCUCAAGGAUUUUACCUGAAAAACAAUGGCCUCAAGCUUAGAGAGGAAAGUAAGUGUCAGUCUUUAGCAUGUUGCAUUCAUUAGGAGAGAAUGUCACUGAAUGACAUUUUCACCCGUAGAAUCUAGACCUUGAUCAGUAGGCACAGUGAGACUUCACCUUCCCCUACUGGUCCAAAAUCAACCCUGAUUAUCUUACUCAGUAGCUCAGAAGCAAAAUACCCGAGUCAGUUUGUGACUGCAGGGUGGGCAGAAUGUAUUCGUCAGCUGAAACUAUACAUUUGUUCCCAUUUUCCAACCGUCACAUAGCAUGCACCCGACUGGAAUUCAGAAAUACUUCCUCUCUCACUGUAAUCAGUGAGACAACAACUGAAAUAUCUUUUUCUCUGCUUUAUUAGAUCGGUUGCUAGCAUGUAAGUAUAGCUCACUGCACGUUCAAUUAUUUUGAAUGCCUCAUUGCAGUGCUUUAAAGCGAUUCUGCUGUUUUUUGAGUCGGGUUAACGAGUCGUGCUUGAAACCGAUCGUGUCUGCACCUGCGACCAUUUGAAGCAGCAUAUGUUCGCAUUUUAUGCAGAACUUUUUCCUGAUACACUCUACAUUAACGUUUUUGAAAAUGUUUCUUGAUAAAUGCACAAUUAUUUGAAAUACCCUUGCAACAUGCUGUGAAUGACAAACGACUACUACUAAGCUGAAAUUUCUAAAUGUGACUGCAGUAAUAAUGUAAAUGAACAUCGUUAUGAGGGACGUGAAAUUUUGAUGUUAGAAUUAAUUAAAGUUCCAUUGUUGGAAAUUUUGUGAAAUUCUUUCAGAAUAAUAAAACUUUGAGGGAAAAGUGCCAAA